AUGGUUGAUGCAGAUUUUCAGGUCCUACAUUCGAAGUCCAAUAACUAUACUCUGAAGGGAAAGGUUUUAUCCACUGAUGAUUACGUUGUAUAUAGGGCCAUAGAUCAGCUUUGUAAAGACUGUUUCGUUAAAGUGCUUUUGAAUGCAGAUGGUGAAACGGGUGGUGAACGAACUAAUGAAGCUGCAAAAGAAGUUCAACUGGAUAAUACGCCUGUUGACAGUUUCGUUUCAGAUGGGCAAAUAUGUCUUGUGUACGGCAGAUCUGAACUACAGGAGGAAGGUGACGAUUAUUUCAAUUAUUCAACUGAAGAACCAGUCGUGAAUCGGCCAAAUUCCAGUGCGGAGAGUAAAUGUGUGGAAGGCGAAACGGGUGUUGUCCAGGGAGAAGGUACUGUGGGUAACCCAUCUGAGAGUGAUUUUCUAACUGGUAUAGAAAAUCACACGGGUCACCCUUCUGGAGAUAUCUCUAGAUCCCCCCUUGAGAUCUCAGGAUCGGGUGAACAUAACACAACUUCAUCAUGCGGUAACACUGCAACGGCUAAAAAAAAUCAAGGGUGUAGUGAAAAUGGGGUCGAGGAUAAACUGGUUGGGUAUCAGGUCGGUUGUGAGAAAGUUAAUUAUUAUAAAGGUCUUCAGGAUGAAGACGAAAUUGGACCCAAGAUGCUUAUGUCUGCCGUAAAUCCUCACGCAAGGAUAGUGACAUGGGAUAAGCCAUCUGCGACUGACAAAUCGCUUUCGGAAAAUCUUAAUGGCAUUUUGAUACGUCGAAAUGAACCCAAAGAUACCAUUAGCAAACUUCCCAGGACACCGUUUCCGAAGGCAGUUCCAUUGCCCGUAGGCAUGUCAGAACAAGCCAACAAGAAUUAUUAUUGUUCUGAUCCAAGCUCUGAAUAUCAUAACGAAGAUGAAGAUUACAAAGGUCGGGAUGCAAAUUAUGACGAUGACAAUAAGUCUAUUACAAGUGAUGAUCUGAGCGAUCAGGAUGAUGACGAAGAUGACGAAGAUGAGGACGAUGCUGAUGCCGAUGACGAUGAAGAUGCCGAUGACGAUGAAGACGAUGACGAUGAAGACGUAAACCAUGAUGAUUCGCAACCAAAUUUCCUUUCUCCAUGCGUCUUCCUAAAUGAAUAUCCACAAAAGCGGCCUCGUGAAGAAUCUUUCAUCCCAAUGCAUACUGUCCAUCCUGUUUCGGAAUAUGACUUUUUAUCCACUAACUCAAACGUAAAGGGUAAAAAGUUCAUGCCUAGGACACCGAUGCCUCAUUCGGUUACAAGUCGAAAAUUGAAUAUUUCACCAACAGGUAAUAAAGGUACUUCUUCUUCUGGAACUCUAUGCUUUGAGAGUAGGAGCUCCCUUGUAGCCGUUUCAGAUCACUCUGUUGCUGAUUUUGAAGAUUCCAUGACAGCACCUAACUGCUCUAUGGAAUUUGAGUUAAAACUCACUGGCAGUAAGAUGUUAAACAGAAGGAAGUCAAAGAAUGGACCAGCGACAGAUAGCCCAUAG